GCGCCCCCCGGCCCCGCCCCCUUUUUGGAGGGCCGAUGAGGUAAUGCGGCGCUGCCAUUGGUCGGAGGGGGCGGACCCCGAGCUCCCGAGGGGCUGGGUCCCCUCGCGCCCCUAUAUCACUCUGCAGCCCUGGACUCUCGCUCACAGUGGGCAGCGGGCAGCCGCCAGCGCCAAGAAUCUUCUUCUCCCGCUUCUCCGCUUCCCGAUCCUUCUCCGGGAGGCCACUCGUUGGCUCCGCGGACUCGUGUUCCAGCGACCCUUGGCCACUUAGUCCUGUCCCGCCGGGCUACUUGGAAGGCACUUCCCCGGAGCUCAUCGUUGCCCACCGUGCACAGUGCCCGGUUAAACCCAGCGAGUGAGCUCGGACUGUAGCAUCAGCGCUAGCGCUCGGCAACUUUGAAGAAAAGAGCGGCAGUCCCCGCAGCGGACCACAACAGCUACCAUGACUCCCUGGCUUGGGCUUGUCGUGCUCCUGAGCUGCUGGAGCCUUGGGCACUGGGGCGCGGAAGCGUGCACAUGCUCUCCCAGCCAUCCCCAGGAUGCCUUCUGCAACUCCGACAUCGUGAUCCGGGCCAAAGUGGUGGGAAAGAAGCUGGUGAAGGAGGGGCCCUUUGGCACUCUGGUCUACACUAUUAAGCAGAUGAAGAUGUACCGAGGCUUCAGUAAGAUGCCCCACGUGCAGUACAUUCACACGGAAGCCUCUGAAAGUCUUUGUGGCCUCAAGCUAGAAGUCAACAAAUACCAGUACCUGCUGACAGGGCGCGUGUAUGAAGGCAAGAUGUACACAGGACUGUGCAACUUUGUGGAGAGGUGGGACCACCUCACACUGUCCCAGCGCAAGGGCCUCAAUUACCGCUACCACCUGGGUUGCAAUUGCAAGAUCAAGUCCUGCUACUACUUGCCUUGUUUUGUGACCUCCAAGAAUGAGUGUCUCUGGACCGACAUGCUCUCCAAUUUUGGGUACCCUGGCUAUCAGUCCAAACACUACGCCUGCAUCCGGCAGAAGGGUGGCUACUGCAGCUGGUACCGAGGAUGGGCUCCCCCAGACAAGAGCAUCAGCAACGCCACAGACCCCUGAACCCAGACCUUCCCCACCUCACCUCCUUCCCAUCCCGCCGAGCGUCCCAGACACUAACUCUUCCCAGAUGAUGACAAUGAAAUUAGUGCCUGUUUUCUUGCAAAUUUAGCACUGGGGACACUUAAAGUCUCUGCUGUCUAUGGAGUUGAUUUGGAAAUACCUUCCUGGCCCCGCCCCUACCCCUUCUUUUUGGUUUUGACAUCACCCAUUUCCAACUGGGGAUCUCUGGUGCCAAGCCAGAAAGAACGAGGCAUGUAUACACCUCUUCUUCAUGAUAUAUAAUCUAUAUUUUUUUAGGAAAACAGAAAUUGAAAAAUUUAUCCCAUUGGGGCAUUUAAAGCUACUCUUCUUUCUUCUUCCUCUCUUGACCACAUCCUAGACCCAGUUCCAUAUACACUUCUUCAUCCCAAUACACAGGAAACAUGGAUAAGGAAGUUGGCAGAAGUCCAACUGUUUCCCAAUCAGUCAAAGGCAGCAAGCAGACAGACGCCAGGUAUUUGAAAGGUCUUCUACACAGAGGAUAUACAACUGUAUGUCUGGGUCAGACAGUCUGUCUAUGUGUGCAUGUCAGAGGGAGAGAAGAGACAGACUGUAGGAGUGGGUCUCACAGUUAUCCAGCCCUGUGAUACUUGGGUUGACCCCAUGUUUCAGAUCCUGGAACAAGCAUCCAAGAGUAACAGAACUUUCUGAGCUGGCAAAGGCUUAAACAUCUGCCUGGGUUCAGCAGGCAACCUGCCCGUCUGUACAAAAAACUCAAAGGGCUGAGAUGAACGUCUUUCCUCUCCUGCCUCCCAUGAGACAGUCUCCUAGGAAUUCUUGGGGAAGUUUGGCUGGAAGCUUGCCAACUGUAAGUUGGAGAAACACACACCUGACACUAUCCACAGAUAUAGUCAAGUAGAUUUGGAUAGAGAAUACUAUUUCCAAAGUAGUGUUUAGCUCAUCUAGGGGGAUGUGUUUAUAUAUACAUUUGCAUAUACCCACGGGGGAUUAUGAGCUAAUUUUUUUUAUAGGACACAGAAUUCUAUUCAAUGCUGUUAAAUAUGCAAAUAGUUUAAUCUUUUUUUCUUUUGUUGUUUGAUGGGAAAUUGUGACAUUCCAAGUUGACUUUUUUUUAUUAUCUGAAUUAAAAUUUGAAACUCUGACCACACUCAGUACCCUACUGUCCCUAUAACUGGGGUUAUCUGACCAUCCAUCUCCCUUCUUUGUUCUGCUUUCUGUUCGGGGUGCCCUUCACUUAAUUGCCUUACUGGCUGGCUGACGGCAGGGGAGUGUGAGUGUUAGGUUAGGGCCUUCUCAUGAAAGGGGCAGUUGCACAGUGGAAUGACUCCUCUCCUGGAUCUGGGGACAGCAUACACUUCUUCCCCAGCUCAGUAAUGGGUGAAGUCACUUCCGGAGGUGGUCACCUCAUAGAAUGAACAUGAUUGGUUACUGAGGGAGCCAGGCUCUGCCGUCCAAAUGUAGGCCUUUUGUUGUGUUGUAUUUUUGUUUUUAAAUAAAAGUACAGUAUAAAUUUUCCUAUUAAAUAAGAUUAUUUUAAGUUUUAGUGUCAACAUUGCAAUGCCAAUAGUAGGUGAGAGUGUAUUGCACAGAGUUGGAGAUAGUAAGGUGGUGACAUUUAACACAGUUACUCUGUCUUUUUUCAGAUUAUGGGUAUUUAUCCUCUAUUAGUAUCAUAUCGUUUUCAUUCCACUUUAGAAACACAGUUACCAGUUGAGAGAGAGAGAGAGAGAGAGAGAGAGAGAGAGAGAGAGAGAGAGAGAGAACAAGUUCUAGUCUGUCCCCACCCCACACAUACCACUGCUUUGUCCAGGUGUUUGAUAGAAGAGCAGGGCAGGAAGACAGUUCAGGAGAUGGGUGUCAAGUUUUCUCUUGGUUGAUUUCAUUCCCUUGCAUCUUUCCCCUGUGCUGACAGGGGGCAGAAGGCACAACCAUUUCCAUGGUGUGCCGAGAGAAGGAGCUGAGGUCAGCAAGCCAGUGGUUCUUAAGAGCUGAACCUCUGGCUUUACUGUUGGAAGUUGUCUAUUUCAACCUCAGAGUUUCCUAAUAUGGCGCUCCUGAUCUAUCUUACUCAAGUGCCCUCCCAUAUGUAUACCCCAACAUCUUUUCCAUCUUAAUCCAGCAUCGGGCCAUUCUCAAUCCCUGGUAAUCACCUCCCUUUUACAUGGACAGACUUGAGGUGAGGCCUAAGUAUGAGGCACCUGAAGAUAAAACCAAUGGGCAGAACCAAUGGCCCCAGUCGGCUUUUGAGGUCUUGGUGAGAAGUACUGGCCACGAAAGGGUCUUGUGUAAAGUUACAUCAUCGGAGAGCGGUUUUUGAGCUUUCAAUAAGCUAUAGCUUUGUUUAUUUCACCUGUUCACUUACUGUAUAAUUUAAAAUCAUUUAUGUAGCUGAGACACUUUGAUACUUCAAUUAUAUCGUGAAUGUUUUAUUUUGCUAAAUCAUGUGCCAUGUGUAGGCUGUUGUGUGUACACUGUGUCUAAGAGAAGAAGAAAAGAAAAAAAAAAGAAAGAAACCCACAUGCCAUUUUUUUUUUCUGAUUCAAAUUCUACAGUAGAAUGGAGGGCAGAAUUACUGGGACACAAUCACCACUCAGCUAGAAUGGAGAUUCAAGGAAAUGGAAGGUACUAGAAACAGACUCCUCCAGCCUCCUCCCCAUAGAAUCCUAAGGGUGGGAAGAAGAAGAAGAAAAAAAGCAAAAGCAAAACAAAACAGAAAUCAAAAGUACACUCAAGUUCUUGUCCUGUAUCAAAUAUCCCUAGGUCAUCUGCCACCCACUUUCCAAGACCUUUCUCCUACUCAACCAGGAAGUCAUGGUUUCUGCAGUCCAGAGCCAUGGCAACUGAGAUUCUAAGCUCUCUUUGUCUCAUCCAGGCAACUUUUCUGUCUCCCAACCAAGGAAUUCCUCUGCUCAGGCUCCUGUUGCCCAGGAUAGCUCUCUUCUAUAGCCAGGAUGUGGAGCUUAAGGAGACUCCAAUGUUUACUUUCUCCAGUCCUAGCUCUGCCAUAUAAACACUGUCUCAUGUUGUGCUUCUUAAACGACAAAGAACAUAGUGACUUUUGGGGAUAGAUCUGUCUGGGAGAUAAUGUGAGUCCAGGAGGCAUUACUCUUCCCUGCCUCACAUCAAGGUGCCAUUCAGGUAGUUGGCUCCCAGCUACUUAACGAUAAAAAUAUCACUUUCGUAUUUGUAUCAGAGAAACUUAAAAAAAAAAUAAAGUCUGAUGGUAGAAAUCCAAUGAAAUGGGAGAAGGCAGGAGAGAGAGGUCUCAGUAGAUCUAAGUCGGCUGUUUGGGUUGAGGAGGAGAGAACCCGAGGAAAUGACCAUGCUCUGGGGACAGGGGUACCUUAGAUUCUCUGUCUAUUUUUCCUCUAGCAAGCCAGCUGUGCUGAAGCCCAGUAGAGAUGAAGAGACACCAGCCAGAGAAAACCCCCUCUAGAAGGAAUGUAUUUGUUGCUAAAUUUUGUAGCACUGUUUACAGUUUUCCUCCAUGUUAUUUAUGAAUUUUAUAUUCCGUGAAUGUAUAUUGUCUUGUAAUGUUGCAUAGUGUUCACUUUUUAUAGCUGUCCUUUAUUCUAAACAGUAAAGUGGUUUUAUUUCUAUCAC